UGAUCAAACAGACCACCAUGGCGGCCGAAAGGUAAAGUAAAGAACUUGUGAAACAUUCUGAAAAGUAGAUGUUCUGAGAGAAAGGUGGUACCUGACUGCUUUUAGAUAAUAAUUAACCGUCCCACCGACCGAUGGAUGGACCGGUAGAUUCGCGCCCACAUGAAAAUUCUUGGUGCGAGUGCCAAGUCGGUAUCGAUGGUGCCUCGAUGAUGGUACUAUUCGAAAAAUGUGCUGGAGAAAUUAUCGAUGACUUCUGCUACGGCUGCUGUGGACGUGGAUGUGGACAUUGUCAUGGUCGUCGCCGGAGAUUUGUUUGUAGGCCGCACGGCGAGACAGGUCGACCGAGUUCAUCGCUGAUUCACACCAUAGGGCAGAUAUUGGUCAAGCCACACCCAGAGACUUAAUUGCAUUUUGGCUUAGAAUAUCGGAAUUAUCGACUCCAACAGCUAAUGAAGUUAGCUUCUGUCUGCCAGAAGUCAUAACUACUUCCGUCUUCUCAGGAGCCAAUUUCAAUCCAUUUUCUUCCAUCCAUAUGGUAAUUCCUUUGAUUCCAUAUGCUAAGGGUCCUUCAAGUGUAUAUCUCUCCUCCCUAGUCAAGAACACCAUUGUAGAAC